CUUUUGAUUCUACUCGAGUUACCACCAGCGGCCUCGUUGGUCGCCGUAGCUACGUACAUUUACACAUACGUUUUAUUUGUGUAUGUGAAGGCGUAUUAUUUUACAGUACAAAACACUCUGUGCACUUGUCAGUAUUCCUCCCAUGCUGUUUGUGUAGCAACUAAUUAUACUAAGCUACUUAGUUAUUAGUGUUCGCUUUUGGAAGACUAUCUUCGUGAACUUACAAGUUGUGUUAACUCAGCAUUAAUUGAUUAGUUUUUAAAGAGAGUAGAAAUCGACAGGAUCAAGAAUUAACGGCGAUAAAAUUACCACUUAAAGAAAAUGGAUUGUGUGAGUGGUUGGUGUAAGAGCAAACGACGUCUGGAUGGACAAACUGCUAUUGUGACAGGCAGUAACACCGGCAUUGGCAAAGAAACCGCGUCGGAUUUUUACGCCCGAGGAGCUCGGGUUAUAAUGGCAUGUCGAGAUACAAACAAAGCUGAGGCAGCCAAAAAAGAAAUUGAAACAGAGAGGCAAUCCGAAACGAAUUUGGGAACCUUAAUUGUUGAAAAAUUAGACGUGUCUAGUCUAAAAUCUGUUCGUGAAUUUGUGGGCCGCAUCUUGGAAUCUGAGCCGAAUAUAAAUAUUUUGGUAAAUAAUGCGGGUAUCAUGUAUACUCCAGAGGGCAAAACAGAGGAUGGCUUUGAGUUGCAAAUCGGCACCAAUCAUUUUGGACACGCAUUAUUGACGUUAUUGUUGCUCCCGAGGCUGAUAAAAUCUGGUCCUUCGAGAGUAGUUUGUGUGUCUUCUUUAUUACACAAAGAUGUUCGUGAGUUUGAUUUCGACAACUUAAAUUUCGAGAAAACGCCAUAUGACCCUAAAAUAGCUUAUGCUAACAGCAAGGCCGCUAAUGUCCUUUUUGCCAAGGGACUCGCAAUAAAACUUAAAGAAAUGAACAUCGAUAACGUGACCACAUACAGUUUGCAUCCUGGCGUGAUCAGGACUGAUAUUGGUAGAAACUUCAAUCAGACAGUUGGGUUUGGAGCUACAUUUGCCUUUAACUACAUGAUGGGACCAUUUUUGAAGUCGGUGAAAUGUGGCGCUCAAACGUCCAUAUUUUGCGCUGUAGACGAGACUUGUGCGGAGCAGAGCGGACUUUAUUACAGUGACUGCGCAGUGAAGCAACCUUCCAAGUUGUGCCAGGACGAAGACCUCGCUACAAGAUUCCUGGACCACACUGUUAAAGUGUUAAACCUAUCAAAUUACAAAGCAUUUGGUGAAAGUGAUCCACCGAAAGAAAUACUUGGUUAACCGUAACAUUUAACUAAACCUAAACGCAUGUUUACACAAAGUAGAAGUAGGAAAUCAGUUUCGGCUUGCACGAAAUUAAAAACACAAAAUUUUAUUUUGCGGUUGCGCGAAUUUAUCUGCGGGAAUCUUACAUAGUGUAAAUUUUGAAUUUAUCAGCAACAGAUGCGGCAAUGAAUUACAUUUUAAACAGUAAUAGCACGAUAACGUGUAACUUAAAAAUGUGAUAAAAAAUUUCAUAUAGAUUAGUUUACUAUGAUUAUGAUAAGCUGUAUUUAAUUGGCAAUGACAUAACAAAAUAUUAUAAAAUUAGUUUAUGAUGACUAUUUGAUUCAGUAGCUACAUUACCUUUUAACUUCUAUGAUUGUAACAUAAAUGAUCCUUCAUCUCAAUGGACUUUAGUCCUAUAUUUGCAGUUUAUAGCACUGCAAUUAUAUGACCCACCGUCGGAAGUCUGUACGAGGUCGAGUUUGUAAUUAGCCUAUCAAAGAAAUAACUGAAUACAAAACAACACACUAGUGGCGAAUGUUGUUACCACUAGUGCGGUGGGUAAUGUGAUGAGUUCAUAGAUAGAAAUCUCCGUUCCACUUCAAUGAAAACAAGUCAGUGGAGAGUGAAUUAUGUAACAUGCUAAUUUCUUAGUGGAUAAAUGGUGCAGAGUGGGGCAGGACAGGGCAGAGUAACUAUAACUUAUAUCCACCGGUUUCCUCCGCUCCGCUUCAGGGGAAACACUCACCACUUUUCUACUCUCCACUUUAUUGGAUACGCAGUCUAAGGUUUGCCCUUUGUAAGGCUUCGGAGCUUAUGGUCCGGUUUUAAGAUAAAGGUCAUCGACCAUGCAUCUAAGAUUUGUUAAAUCAACGAAACAUUUAAUUAAGUUUACAAAUCUUGUUUGGUGUUUAUUAACUUUGAAUUUGUUUAGCUGAUUGGUAGAUUGCAUAAUGCAUUGGUGAUGUGGCAGAAUUUAUUUAUAGAUGUUUACGUAAGUUAAUUGAAAUCAAAGAUUACCUAAAUGUAGGUACUGAUAGCACGCAAAACAUAAUAUAUUAGAUUGCUUGACAUGA